AUGGGUAGCGGAGAGGCCCAGAAAGUGCGCAAGAAGCGCACUCGCGCCUCGGAUGCAGACGCCGAAGCAGAUGAUCAUCCGGAAUCUUCGGCGUUCAAAAGGAGAGGCACCCCUGUGCCUAAAAGGGGUAGAGGCCGCCCGCCCAAUAGUGGGCAGUAUUUGGGGCUGGCGAAAGGGAAGCGGGAGCUCAUGGAAGCCAGGAGGGCAGAGAUGGAGCUCCAGGCGGAGAAGCAGGUUCCAGAGCUGAUCCAAAGGCGCCGGCUCGAUAGAGCAUUGCGCCCCGCUGGCUUUGACGACGUAGUCGACUCUCGCCUUUCUUCGACCCUGCUUGAGAGGGUCGAUGAUGGCAUUAAAGUCAUCACCAAAGUCGCUACAAAAUCAAAGAACCUGAAGGGCACUUUUGUAAAAGCCCUUAAGGAAGCGGCUGAGAUGAUCCGGGAGGCGGUGAACGCUCUACAGAGCAUAUCAUCGACUGAUGAAACCCGCCGCCUC